AUGUACAUCAACUACGUCUUUAUCCUUGCUGCCUUCGCUCCUCUCCAGGGUUUGGCCGUCCCGACGGUUCUCACUGACGAACCCGCUUGGACCCCCGUCAAUGCCCAUGUUGAUGGUGACGCCGUUGCCGAAGAGAUAGUGAACUCCUUUAUUAAGGGGUUGGACUUCGGCGUAGCCAAGACUGAGCCAAGAGCCGCCGCCCCGCCUACCGUACCCGGUUCUUCCCAGCCAGGGGACCCCAAAGAAUCCAAGCCAAAGGGAUCUGUACCCCCAUCCGGCCCUAGCACCGAGAAGAGCCCUGUCGAGUGCAAAGACGACUCGGAGUGUUCGACCGAGGUCAAUAAAGCUUAUAAAGCUCAAGUCGCAGCAAUCGCAGCAACCGUAUCAACUCGACGAAAGCUCCACCCGUUCUGCGCCAAAGGGAAAGGAGAGGACGAGUGUUCCAAAUGUGUCAACCGGGAGGCCGUUGUUCUGGCCGGUGCGGAGGUGCUUUGCGCGGGAGCCGCCCUCGCUACCCACAUACUGACGGGUGGAAUUGGAACGCCCGCUGUCAUAUCGCAGCUAGUCACCUGUAUGUCGGCUGCCGCCGGAGUCUUCGGCAGCGGAAUCGCGGCCUGUGAUAAGCCAUAA